AUCCAGAGCAACAACGAGCAGUUAGAUGAGAUUAUCCAGUUGCUGCAAAAGCAGAUAACUGGUCACAUUCAUGAACUGACAAAACUACUAGAAAAGGAUGUUCCCUGGUUCCCUAAAAAAAUCUCGGACCUGGAUAAAUGUUCCAACCAUGUGCUAAUGUACGGCUCGGAUCUGGAUGCAGACCAUCCGGGCUUCAAGGACAAUGUCUACCGCAAGAGGAGGAAGCACUUUGCUGAUAUAGCCAUGAGCUACAAACAUGGGGACCCCAUCCCUCGCAUUCAGUACACCGAGGAGGAAGUGAAGACAUGGGGUGUGGUUUUCAGGGAGCUGAGCCAGCUGUACCCCUCCUACGCCUGCCGGGAGUAUGUGAGAAACCUGCCGCUGUUGUUUCAACACUGCGACUGUCGCGAGGACAACAUCCCACAGCUGGAGGACGUCUCCCACUUCCUUUGGGAACAUACAGGCUUCACAAUCCGGCCUGUGGCAGGCUACCUCUCCCCCCGAGACUUCCUGGCAGGUCUGGCAUUUCGGGUCUUCCACUGUACUCAGUACAUACGCCACAGCUCCGAUCCGCUCUACACUCCCGAACCGGACACAUGCCAUGAGCUGUUGGGCCACGUGCCUCUCCUGGCAGAGCCCAGCUUCGCCCAGUUCUCCCAGGAGAUGGGCCUGGCCUCACUGGGUGCCUCUGACGAGGCUGUUCAGAAGCUGGCUACCUGCUACUUCUUCACAGUGGAGUUUGGGCUGUGCAAACAGGAUGGGAGAUUGAAAGCUUAUGGAGCUGGCUUGCUAUCAUCCAUCAGUGAGCUGAAGCACGCCCUGUCUGGGAAUGCCACGGUCAUACCCUUUGACCCCAGAAUGGCAUGCAAACAGGAAUGCAUCAUCACCACCUUCCAGGAUGUCUACUUUGUGUCAGACAGCUUUGAGGAGGCCAAAGUCAAGAUGAGGGAGUUUGCUAAGAGCAUCAAGCGGCCCUUCACAGUGCGAUACAACCCUUACACCCGGAGCGUGGACAUCCUGAAGGACACUUCCAGUGUCAUCGGCGUGGUGGAGGAACUCAAAUACGAGCUGGACACUGUGGCAGAUGCACUUCGUCGGCUGAAUAAACAAGGCGUCUGA